AGUGACGCAUUUGUGCUACGUGUCAGGAACUUUUGCAGUAAAUAUGGCGGCACAACAAGGCGAUGUUGAUGAACUAUUUGAUGUCAAAAACGCAUAUUAUAUCGGCAGUUAUCAGCAAUGUAUUAACGAGGCUCAGAAAGUGAAGCUUUCAACGGCAGAGAAAGAGGUUGAAAGGGACAUGUUUUUGUACAGAGCUUAUAUCGCCCAGAGGAAAUAUGCUGUAGUUCUCGACGACAUCAAGGCUAACUCUCCACCUGAGCUUCAGGCUGUCAGGAUGUUUGCAGAGUAUCUUUCUAAUGACAGCAAAAGGGAUGCUAUUGCUGCAGAUCUUGACAAAAAAAUGUCAAAGAGUGUGGAUGCUGCCAACACGGCUUUCCUCCUCAUGGCUGCCUCCAUCUACUACCAUGAGAUGAACACAGAUGCAGCUCUCAGGACUCUGCACCAAGGAGACAGCCUGGAAUGCAUGGCUAUGACCAUUCAAGUACUGCUGAGUCUGGAUCGCAUUGACCUGGCAAGGAAAGAGCUGAAAAAGAUGCAAGAACAGGAUGAGGAUGCUACGCUAACCCAACUGUGUACAGCUUGGGUUAAUAUUUCUGUGGGUGGAGAAAAGCUCCAAGAUGCUUACUACAUUUUCCAGGAGAUGUCUGACAAGUACUCAUCAACACUGCUGCUUCUCAAUGGGCAGGCAGCCUGUUACAUGGCUCAAAACAAGUGGGAGGAGGCUGAGGGAGUGCUGCAGGAGGCCCUUGACAAGGAUAGCAGCCACCCUGAGACUUUGAUCAAUCUUGUUGUGCUAACCCAGCACCUAAGCAAAGCUCCGGAGGUAACUAAUCGCUACCUCUCCCAGCUGAAGGAUGCUCACAAAGCCCAUCCUUUCCUCAGAGACUAUUUGGCAAAGGAGAAUGACUUUGACAGACUAGCAAUGCAGUACGCCCCCACCGUUGCUUCAUAAGACUUCUGCUUCUGCUGAGACACCAAAACAGUUUGUUCUACUUUAAGACCACAGUAAUGUGUUUGUAUUUUCUCUUAAACUCAUACACUUUGAAUUUGAUCGUUUGCAUUGUUAAUAAAAUUGUUUCACUUAUUGACAUCUGUCUCCUGUAAGCAUUCCUUUGGAAUUGUAAUAAAUGUUGAAUAUCCA